UGAUGGACAUUUCCGAACUUUGCAUCCCUGAUCCUCUCAGCUAUCAUAACCAGCUGCUGAACAGGAUGGCUGCUGAGGAGCGGCACAUGACGUCCAGCUGUGGCUCCUACAUCAAGACAGAGCCCUCCAGUCCGUCCUCUCUGGUGGACACGGCCAGCCACCCCAGUCCCGGCGCGCAUUCGGACGCCAGCGGCGGCUACGCCAGCCUCAUCAACAGCCACUCCAACGGCCUGGACUCUCCGCCCAUGUUCACGGCGGGCGGGCCGCUGAGCGCAGCAGGGAGCGCCUGCCGCAAACGCUACGAGGACUGUUCCAGCACGUUACUGGAGGACCCCGGCUCCAUCAAGUGCGAAUACAUGCUCAACUCCAUCCCAAAACGCCUGUGCCUGGUGUGCGGAGACAUCGCGUCGGGGUAUCACUACGGUGUGGCCUCCUGUGAAGCCUGCAAGGCCUUCUUCAAGAGAACAAUACAAGGUAGCAUCGAGUACAGCUGUCCGGCCACCAAUGAGUGCGAGAUCACGAAAAGAAGACGCAAGUCCUGUCAGGCGUGCCGCUUCAUGAAGUGCUUGAAAGUGGGCAUGCUGAAGGAAGGUGUUCGGCUAGAUCGUGUACGUGGAGGCCGACAGAAAUACAAGAGGAGAAUGGAUGCAGAAAAUUCAGCCUACCUGGGGCUCACACUGCCACCGCCAGCCAAAAAACCCUUGACGAAGAUCGUGUCUCAUCUGCUGGUAGCAGAGCCAGAGAAGAUCUAUGCCAUGCCAGACCCCACCAUGCCCGAGAGCGAUGUCAAAGCGCUGACCACACUGUGUGACCUGGCCGACCGCGAGCUGGUGGUCAUCAUCGGCUGGGCCAAACACAUCCCAGGUUUCUCCAGCCUGUCUCUGGGAGACCAGAUGAGUCUACUGCAGAGCGCAUGGAUGGAGAUCCUGAUCCUGAGCAUCGUGUUCCGCUCGCUGCCCUACGAGGACGAGCUGGUGUAUGCGGAGGACUACGUGAUGGACGAGGAGCACUCGCGGCUCACGGGCCUGCUGGACCUCUACGUGUCCAUCCUACAGCUCGUGCGCAAGUACAAGAAACUCAAGGUGGAGAAGGAGGAGUUCGUCACGCUGAAGGCCAUCGCACUCGCCAACUCAGACUCCAUGCACAUAGAGGACGUGGAGUCGGUGCAGAAGCUCCAGGACGCCCUUCACGAAGCGCUGCAGGACUACGAGAGCUGUCAGCACACAGAAGACCCUCGGCGGGCGGGGAAGCUGCUCAUGACGCUGCCGCUGCUCCGGCAGACGGCCACCAAGGCCAUCCAGCACUUCUACAGCAUCAAGAUGCAGGGCAAGGUGCCCAUGCACAAACUCUUCCUGGAGAUGCUGGAGGCCAAGGUCUGAUUGGCUGCUCGUCGCGUGACAUCAUCGGGGCCAGAGACUGCGGAGGACAGCCUGAGACGUUUUUAAAGACCUGGAAAAAAAUUAUAACUUGAUUUA